CCCUACAGACGCCUGCCAUAUGCAAGGAAAUGUUCACGUCACGUCAACUACCACCUCAGUGUAUAAUGUAGCUGUGUUAGCUAACAGUAAAAUCUGAUUUUUACUCACUAUGUAUUUUGAAAAUCAACGAUUACUAUAUCAGGGCUCACCGCUGUUGCUAUUAAGUAGUACAUGAAUCGUUUCAUCAUUAAAGAUCCCUGAGCUCCGCGGUUAUUUUCGUUUUCAGCCUUCAGUCAGCAGCAACAUGGAUGAGAAAUACAGCAGUAAUGUCAUCUCCGGUGGCAAACUGGGUCGAGUUGAGGCUCCAAAUUCCAAAUUGACCCGGUAUAUAGUGUUACUCUACUUUACCAAGCUGCUAAAGGCUUUUGGGAUAUUUGAAUCCUAUGAUCUUCUAAAAGUUGUGCACAUUGUACAGUUUCUCUUCAUACUAAAAAUGGGGUGUGCAGUGAUAUUGGUGUUCUUUCAAAAGCCGUUCUCAUCAGGAAAAAUGAUCCAUAAAAGACAGUGGAUAAAAAUCCUCAAACACGCUGUCAUAAGCUGCGUCAUUUCCCUGUUGGGUUUUUUUGGGUUGACACUCUGUGGGCCACUCAGGACGUUGUUGCUGUUUGAGCACAGUGAUGUGGUGGUGAUCUCUCUCCUCAGUGUUCUCUUCACCAGCUCUGGAGGAGGACCUUCUAAGACGAGGGGUGCUGCUUUUUUCAUUAUUGCUGUUAUCUGCCUUUUGUUUUUUGAUAAUGAUGAUCUUAUGGCAAAGAUGACAGAGCACCCUGAAGGACAUCAUGACAGUGCUCUUACCCAUGCAUUGUACACAGGGAUCGCAUUUCUGGGGGUGGCAGACCACAAGGGUGGAGUGGUUCUGCUGGUUUUGGCUCUGUGCCUGAAGGUAGCUUUCAAUGCGGCAUCAAGAAAACUGUCAGUGGAGAUUGGCGGUGUAAAGCGCCUUUAUGCUCUGUCUAACUUGGUGUCCUCUGUAGUUUUGCUGCCUUGGGUCAUAGUGCUGUCUGCAACCACUGAGAGUAAGGUGGAAUCCUGGUCUGGUCUCAUCUUUCCCUUCUCCUUGAUCAUAUUUUCUGUGAUGAUCCUGGACUUUUAUGUGGAGUCCAUCUGCACGGCUAAACUGGAAGCCUCACGCUGUGCUCGCUACGGUUCCACCUUCCUGUUCCUCAGUGGCCUGUUUCUGGUAAACUUCUGGACCCACCCAUUAACUGACCAGUUCAGAGCUAUAAGCAACCCUGGCCAGCAGAGUAGCACCGAGCAUGUGCUGUCUGGUGGAGUGCUGGUUAGUGCUUGCUUUUUCAUCAUAGCCAAUUGUGUGCUGUCAGCGCCAUCAUCAAAGGGUCAAAAAGGUACAUUGGUGGGUUACUCUCCUGAAGGAACACCUCUUUAUAACUUCAUGGGAGACGCCCUACAGCACACAUCCCAGUCUUUGCCUCGUUUCAUCAAAGACUCCCUCAAACAGAUCCUGGAGGAGUAUGACUCACGGCAGAUCUUCUACUUCCUCUGUCUUAACCUGGCCUUCACAUUUGUAGAGCUCUUCUAUGGUGUUUGGACCAACAGUCUGGGGCUGAUCUCUGAUGGUUUCCACAUGCUGUUUGACUGCUCAGCUCUGGUGUUGGGACUGUUUGCUGCGCUCAUGACCAGAUGGAAAGCAACCAGAAUAUAUUCCUAUGGGUAUGGCCGUGUUGAAAUCCUCUCUGGAUUUAUCAAUGGCCUGUUUCUCAUGGUCAUAGCAUUUUUUGUGUUUGUGGAAUCCGUCACUAGACUUAUUGAUCCACCAAACAUCAACACAGAUAUGCUGACGCCGGUGUCGGUCGGCGGACUAAUCGUCAAUCUAGUGGGCAUCUGUGCCUUCAGUCAUGCUCAUUCUCAUGGAGCCUCCAAAAGCAGCUGCUCCGGGCAUGAGCACGGCCAUUCGCACCACGGGCACGGCCAUGGUAAUGCAGAACACAGCCAUGGAGGACACGGACACAGCCAUGGAGGACAUGGACACUCUCAUAGCCACGGGCAUUCCCAUGGAUCUUCGGGAGGAGGAAUGAAUGCUAAUAUGAGAGGCGUGUUUCUUCACGUGCUUGCCGACACUCUGGGUAGCGUUGGUGUGAUUAUAUCCACGGUUCUUAUCAGACAGUUCGGAUGGCUGAUUGCAGACCCAAUUUGUUCCCUCUUCAUUUCUACAUUGAUUUUUCUCAGUGUCAUUCCUCUAAUAAAGGAUGCCUGUGAGGUCCUUCUGCUGAGAAAUCCACCUGAGAAUGAGAAAGAGUUCAACUUUGCUCUUGAAAAGAUUCAGAAAAUAGAAGGUGUUUUGUCCUACCGUGACCCACACUUCUGGAGACAUUCCGCCAGUGUCAUUGCUGGGACCAUUCAUAUUCAACUCAUGUCUGAUGUCGUGGAACAGCGAGUUAUUCAGCAGGUGUCUGCUGUGUUGAAAGAUGCUGGUGUUAAUAACUUGACUAUACAGUUGGAAAAAGAGGCCUACUUUCAGCACAUGUCUGGCCUCAGCACCGGAUUCCAUGAGGUCCUUAACAUGACGCAACAGAUGGAGUCCAUGAAAUAUUAUAAAGAUGGCACAUGUAUUAUGUAAACGUUUGCUUUAGAAAAUUAAAAUAUUACAAAGGAAAUGGUUUUAAGAUGCAAUUUUAAUCUUUUCUUUUUUUAAUAAAAAUAUUUUAUAAUGUU